AUGACUGUUACUCAAGAGUACCUUGACUUACUCCUUGCUCUCUCCUCCAAGUUUGGGGAACACACAUAUGACAGUCAUGUAUUACCGAUACUUGCUGUCUGCGUUAUUUCGAUUUCCCGAUUACGAUGGGCCUUCCAGUCGGAGAAAAUCAUUAGCCAUAGUACUAAGAAGUUUGAGGGGCAACCAUGGCGACUUGCUCGUGGGGAUAAGGAUGUGAUCAUCUUUCCCACCAGCUUCAUCCCCGAAUUGAAUAAGCUACCGUCAUCCGUGUUAAACUCACGAAGAUAUCAUUCAGAUAAUGUGAUAUCUGGAUUGGUUGGUAUGGAUGUUAUUAGGUUAACAAAUCACCACGUCAAAGUUCUCUUGGGCCGAAUUAGCCCAGCUAUACCUCAGCUACUCCAACCCACAGCCCAACGUACCGCAGCGGCGAUAGAAAGAUUAUUCCCACAGAAAACCGAUGAAUGGACGUUAAUUGAGCCUCUCGAUAUCGUGGUCGAGUGUGUUACCGAAGGUAUAGCCCUUGCUUUAGUUGGUCCGGCAGUUUGGAAGAGCCCAGACUUUGUCCAUACAUUGUGCCUGCAUACCAAACUUACUUUCACAAUUGCAUUUAUAAUGCGCUGCGUUCCAAAGGUGUUGCAACCCAUCCUUGUGUGGCUCUUACCCUAUAGAUGGCAGUUACGCAGGACCUGGAAAUCCCUAGAUGAUUAUGUGAUACCUGAGAUCAGACGUCGACAGCAGGAAAGAAGUGCGGAUACAUAUCCAGACCUAGUAUCGUGGAUGAUCGAAGAUGGCAGAACCGCCAUUGACAAGGAUCCUCGUAUGCUGACUAGGCUAGUAGGAGCAGUAGGCGUGGGUGGUACUUACAGUACGGCCAAUUUUGUCACUGGUAUGAUACUCGACUUGACAGAGCACCCCGAGAUACUGGAGCAGGUCAGACAGGAGAUUGCGGAACAACAUGAGAAAUGUAACGGACACUGGGAUCAAGCAGCAUUCAACAGCCUGGACAGGCUAGAAUCCGCCAUGAAGGAAACAAGCAGGCUGGCUCCAGGAUCGUUCAUCGUCUAUGGCCGCAAUGUAGAGCAAGAUUACACGUUGUCUAACGGCCUCUCUCUAAAGAAGGGUCAAGCUCUUGGCGUAUCUUAUCUUGCGAAGUCUAUGGAUCCGCGGGUGUUUGAUGAUUAUGAGGAUUAUAAGGGUAUGCGAUUCUAUGAUAGCGGUCUCGAGGACCUUCGCGCUCGGCCUUUCAGAAGCAUCGAUGGGGAGAUCUUGACCUGGGGCUCAGGGCGCCACUCAUGCCCGGGCCGGUUCAUCGCUAACCUGUCUGCCAAGAUUGCUCUUGUGAAGAUCCUUGACGAGUACGACUUCAAGUUGGUCGAUGGAAAACGGCCCGGCAAUGGAAUCAUGCACGACUUCACUUUCGUUCAUCCGAAGAGCCAGUUGAUGAUCCGGCGCAGGGAGAAAACUCUUGGUAUCAAGUAUUAG